AUGGUGGUGAAUGGUGAUCUAAAUAAAAAAAGAAGAAGGUAUAAAGCAGAACAUCAAACAAGAGUCAAAAAAAAUGAAGUGACUAUACAACAUAAAAACCCACAUAUCGAGAGAGUAGCUGUUUUACAGAGAAACCCAGAUAAAGAAUAUGCUCUUGAAAUUUUAAAAGAUAUAGCUCAUAGAGUAUCGUAUCUAAUGAAAGAGAACAAGUUCGCAGUUAAAGAUUUGGUAGAAUUUUAUCCAAAAGAUAAGAGACUGUUAGGAAUGAAUGUCAAUCGCGGGGCUAAGAUUAUGUUGAGGUUAAGAAGUCCGUAUGAUGAGUUCCAAUUUUUACCUAGAGAAUCUAUAAUGGGAACCAUGUUGCAUGAACUGACACAUAAUAUUUUUGGACCACAUGACAAAAACUUCUAUAGUAAAUUAGAUAAUCUAGCUGCUAGACAAUGGGUUAUUGAACAACAAAAUCUUUAUGAUCACUUUGUUGGGACUGGAGCUAAAUUAGGGGCUCCCUCUAUGGACUUCAUUGGUGGGUCUAAAAACAAUAGAGUAAAUGAAAAACUUGUUAGGACGAAGAGAAUAAAUAAUGUAAACUUUACAAAUGGUAAAGUACUAGGAAGUUAUACAAAUAAUGGUAGAAGAAUAGAUGUUGUGAACACCAAAAGUGCUAAAGAAAUGGCAGCUAUUGCAGCUGAAAGAAGAUUCAAAGAUAAUUUAUCUUGUGGGGAGGGACAUUCUAUAGAUAUAGAACAACCUGAACAAGGUGAGUUAACGGAAGUUUACGUCCUUACUGACAGUGAAAGUGAAAGCGAAGGCACUGUUACCGAUCAAAGUGGGAAACGAUCCAAAGAGGAACAAGUUGAAAAAAAUAUAAAGAAACCUAAAAAGAAUGAUGAUGCGGAUAUUGAAAUAAUUGACUUAACCUAG